CAUUCCGCUACACUGCCGGUACGUAUGUCCUUGUCCCCUCGAAACCCAUACAUGGUAUAUUUAGGAUUUGACAUGUCCAUUUUCUGUGGUUGUUCCUUCAGGUACCUAAAACCGUACUAGUUAAUAUGUUUAUCAUUCAUGAAAUUGAUCUUGAGCCUUUGAAAUCAUUUACGAAUUGUUUUCACUAACCUGGUAAGAAUAUGUGUUCCUAUUUUGCAUUAAAUUUGAAAGCUCAACUGAAGCCAUUCGUCUAAUUCUUUUGUUUCUCAGAAGCAACAUCUUAGUUGUAUUUUUCUUGAGUUGACCUGAUGCUUCUGAUCCCUGAUCUUGACUUGAGAGCAGCAGCUCCUUGUUGAACAGCCAACACCUGGCCACUUCUGAAGCAUGUACUGAUAUAAUGUGUCAUAAAGAAAAAAAAAAGCACAGCUCCCAAGAUUGAUGGGUAGCAGCGAUCGAUCCCUCUUCUGCGACCAAUCACGUUGCUACCACAAGCCAUGUCCUGGUUGUGGGCUUCUGUAUGGAAGUCCAGAUGCAGAGAAACUGACUUGAGGAAUUAUUUAGAGAAAAGGGUUCUCCAUUCUCCAGCAUAAGUUCAGUUGUAGAACAGGUGUGGUGGGAGUGGUAGUUGCUGUGCACAAAAAAAUGUACGAGAAAGAUUCCCUCCCGGAUAUGCUGAAUGUUGAUAGUUCGUGCGCGAUUAUCCUUUCUCAUGGAAAAUAUUUCUAUGGUGCUUCAGAAUUUGUUAUUGUUGCAGUGUGGAUGCUUUAGUGCAGCUGCUGUCUGGUGGGCUCCCUAGCUGCAAUCUUGGGGGAUGAUACUCUUCUUUGCAUGAACUAUAAGGCUACGAAGGGAUACUUUUCUCCUUACUUUUGUUGAUAACAGCAAGAUAUCUAUCAAAUUAAGCAUCAAAUGUGUGUUAUGGAAGUAUAAAAGAAGCAUGUCUAUGCUUGUUAUGGAUGGAUGGGCCAAGCUCGAGAUAGGCUAGCAAAUCAAUAUUUAAUACAAUCUAGUAGUUAUAUAAAGCAAAGUAUCACAAUCUAGUAGUUAUAUAAAGCAAAGUAUCAGUUGAGAUGUAGGUAGCGCUUGUGUGAUUAUGACAAAACUUUACGAAGUUACACUGGUGACUAGCUCGAGAAUGAAAUGGAUGAGAUCGAGCUUGUUGUUUAAUACAAUCUAUGUUGAAUGUAAUCAUGUUGACCUCUAAUGUUGUUUGUAGAUGAUGAGGCGAGAGGGCCUCAUCAUUGUCAUCAUCAUCUUAUAAAUUUGUGCCAUGUGAAACAGGUAGUAUAGAAUCCAUGGGGACCCGCGAACUGGAAUAGAAAAAUGUCGGGUUUGGGCAUCAUUUGGGAAGGCAGCUGGAGGCGCCUCGGCCAGCGCUUCUCCUCCAGAUUUGGUUGGAUCUCGUCUCCUGCUCUGGGCUUGCUUGCAGCAGCAGGCAGGAGGCAUGUCGACGAUGACGGUGCCGCCAGAGCCACCGCACGUCCUGGCCGUGGACGAUAGCAUCGUCGACCGUGCGGUCAUCUCCAGGCUCCUCCGCAGCUCCAAAUACCGAGUUACGACGGUGGACAGUGGCAAGAGAGCGUUGGAGGUUCUCAGCCUGGAUCGCAAUGUGCACAUGAUCAUCACGGAUUACUGCAUGCCGGAGAUGAGCGGCUACGACCUCCUGAAGCGGGUGAAGGAGUCGGCGGAGCUGCGGGGGAUCCCGGUGGUGAUCAUGUCAUCGGAGAACUCACCGACGAGGAUCCGGCGGUGUCUGGAGGAGGGCGCUGAGGACUUCCUCAUCAAGCCGGUGGGGGCGUCGGAUGUGUCGCGCCUCUGCAGCCGCCUCACCCUCUAAUCCAAUGCAGUACUAGUACUGACCAAUUGGAGCAAGUGCAGACAUGACAUCAUCAGAGAUUAUUCAUUCAGUUCAGGGUUGAAGCCUCGGAGGACCCGGACUGGAAUGGAAUCGAGGCUGUUUUGUUUGUGGAUGAUGAUGGCAUUGACCAAUGUGUCGCCUAGCUAGCCGCAAGUAGUAGUAUAUGUUGCUACCAGAGCAGAGCAGAUAUGUGCCUGCCUGACCCUUGAGAACUUUUUGGUUCAUUCAGGAGGAACAUGUUGUACAUUUCGUCAUGCAACUAAUGGCAUUAGCAUUGUAGCU